AUGGACACCGACCGGACCAGUUUCGAAGGGCCUGUCGAUCAAGGCGAUGAAAUUGUGGGCGCUCAUUCGCUUUGCCUGGUGGGAGUUUGCGGGGACGAGAACGACCCUAAAAAAAUCUGGUAUUUGCUUCAAAAUUCAUGGAAGGGCAAGCAGUUUGUGGAGGUGGACAAUUCCUAUUUGGAGAGCAUUGCAGACCUGAAUAAAGUGGCAGGCUGUGGAUUUGGAAAACUGCGAAUCUCUUUCCCAGAGCCAGCCAAAACAAGGGAGGUGCCGGUGACUAACUCUGGGUUCCCAAGGGCCGCACAAUACUUUGAAUCGAGUCCACGAGAGAGCCUUUGUGACGAAGCUGAUAUGACGACGGAUUGUUCUGACUCUGAAAACGACCUGAUUGUGGCUGUUGCUACUGGUGACACGUUUGAGGCACCCGAGCUUGUCCAGGCCUCAGGCUUGUGGAACAGCGUGUAA